GGAUUGCAGAUAUUUAAACGUUUAUUUUUUAUUUUUUUAUUACAUACCUAUUACAUCCUUACGAAAUACAAUUAUUUGUUAAUCCCAUAAUAAUAAAAAUGUCAGACGAUGAUAUGGAAAAAUUUGAAAUCACCGACUAUGACUUGGACAAUGAAUUCAAUAUGAAUAGACCUCAAAGACGGUUGACCAAAAAUCAAGCAAUUUAUGGAAUUUGGGCUGAUGAAGAAGGUGAUAGUGAUGAUGAACCUUCAGGUUUUGGAGGACGCAGAAAAAAAGAUAAAAAAUAUAAGCAAAACUACACGGCUCCUGUUUCGUUUGUAGCUGGUGGUGUUCAACAAUCUGGUAAAGACAAAAAAGAAAAAGAAAAAGAAGAAACUAGGGAUGAUGAAGUAGAAAAUGUGGGAAAUAAUAUAUCUUCAUCAAGUGAAGAAGAAGAAAAACCAGCAUUUAGUUUUGAUAUUGAUCAAGAAUUGGCAGGAUUACGAAAAAAACGGUCUCAAGUAAAUCCUAGAAUUAUGAACAAAGGAUUAGGAGAUUGGGAAAAACAUACUAAAGGAAUUGGUGCAAAACUUUUGCUUGGAAUGGGUUAUCAACCUGGUCAUGGAUUAGGAAAAAAACUUCAAGGUAUUACAGCUCCAAUUGAAGCUAAUUUAAGAAAAGGAAGAGGAGCAAUCGGUGCAUAUGGUCCUGAAUCUAAAAGUAAACCGAUGAAAGUAGAUAAUGAACGAACAACAGAUAAAAAAGAUAAUAAAGUCCCAGCAAAUGGAUGGCGAAAAGCUCUGAAAACAGAAAAAACGCAAUAUAUUUAUAAGACAGCCGAAGAAGUAAUUGAAGAGAGUAAACACCCAGGACAAAGAAAAAGAGAAUUCAAUGAAUUAAGCAGAGUUAAAGUGAUUGAUAUGACUGGUCCAGAACAACGAGUAUUAUCUGGGUAUCAUGCUAUUUCUGGUGUUAAAAAACCUAUGGAUCAAUGGGAAGUACAAAAGGAUAAAAAAUUUUCAAAUUUUGAUUUACCAGAAUUAUUACAUAAUCUCAAUAUUUUAGUUGAAGCAGCCGAACAAAACAUUGUCACAAACAAUCAAGAACUUUGUAAUUCUGAAGAUCGAUUAAUAAUCAUUGAUCAGGAAACAAUUAAAUUAGGAGAAACUAUUAAAGAUAAAGAUAAAUCCAUUGAAUCACUUGAAAAAGUAAUAGUUAUUAUGGAAUCUUUAAAUGAUGCAUUAAAAAGAAAAAGAUUAAAUAGUGAUGAAGCCAUAAAACGUUUAACAGAUAUUAAAGAAAAUUAUUAUCCAGAUUAUCGACUUAAUGGGGGGUUAGUUUUUGCACUGGCAAUUUCACAAAUUAUGAUGAAAGAAAAGCUGUCUACUUGGGACCCACUACAAGAUCCAACAAUGCCCUUUGAAGAACUAAAAAAAUGGAAAGAACUAUUAACAUUAAAUGAGCCAUGUGCUGAAUUCCAAACUUUAAUCUGGCAAGAGUGGUUACCUCAAGUUCAAAAAGCAUGCGGGCGAUGGAAUUGUCGAGAUUGUAAUAGUAUGAUAAAAUUAGUUGAACAAUCGGUAGAAUUAAUCCCUAAUGACAUUAUUACUAAUGUUAUUGAAAACAUGAUCUUACCAAAAAUACAAUUAGAAGUUGAGCAAUGGGAUCCAUUGACCGAUCUUGUGCCGAUUCAUUUAUGGAUUCACCCGUGGUUACCCUAUUUAAGCAAACAUUUUGAAACAAUCGUCUAUCCUACUCUGAGACAAAAAUUAAGUGCAGCAUUAAAUGCCUGGCAUCCAUCUGAUAACUCAGCUAAACUGAUGCUCCAACCUUGGGUAAAUGUUUUCCAGCAAGGCUAUAUGGAAGCUUUUUUAAUUAAAAAUAUUGUUCCUAAAUUACAAAUUGCUUUACAAUCUUUUGUAAUCAAUCCACAUCACCAACAAUUAGACAAUUGGAAUUGGGUGAGUGCGUGGUCAGAUUUGUUGCCAGUACCCACACUAGUAGAUUUGCUGGACCAACAUUUCUUCCCCAAAUGGCUGAAAACACUUACCAUGUGGAUAAAUAUGAACCCAAAUCAUGAACAAAUAAGUAACUGGUAUACAGGUUGGAAGUCUUUAAUGCCUGCUGUUAUUGUAGAACAUCCAACAAUUAAAGGACGAUUUCAUUCAGCUUUGGAUAUUAUGAGCCGAGCAGUCGGAGGACCUUCUAUGCCAUUACCACCACCACCGCCUUCAAUUCAAGGUGGUUUAGCUGAAGCUGUGCGUACUGCAUCACAGAUGCCUCAUGGUUUCAAAGAGUUAGUGCAAAAACGCUGUGAAGAACGAGGUAUUUUAUGGAUGCCAAUUGCAAGUCGUUUUAGAGAAGCUAAACAAGUCUAUCGAUGUGGAGCAAGGCUUCAAGCAUAUAUUGACCGUGGAGUUUUAUUUGUCAGUCAAGAUGGUACAAAUUUUACUCCUAUGUCUGUUCAGUCCAUGUUAGAACUGUGUGAAUAAAAUUGUUUUAGUAUUUA